CCGUAAAUAAGCGCAAAGAUUGAAAGGGAAAGCAGGCUUGAUUUGGGUUCAAAGUUUCAAGCUUUGAUUGGCUUCCAGUGUUGAACACGCAAGAAUUUGAUCGAUCUCGCCGAAGGGUUUCUGUAUUUAGGGCUUUUUUUGGUCGCCCGCAUCUGCAAAAUCGCAUCUUUGAGAGAGAGAUUACUAGGGAGGGAUGUGUAGUUUGGCGGCGAAUCUCUUGCUCGCUGUAAAGCUGAAACCGAGCAGCUCGCUCUUCAUCACCAGUAGAAGAUCCAAGAGGAAGAACAAAUCCAUCGUUCCUGUUGCAAGAUUGUUCGGACCGGCCAUUUUCGAAGCUUCCAAGCUAAAAGUGCUGUUCUUAGGGGUCGACGAGAAGAAGCAUCCGUCAACUCUGCCAAGAACUUACACACUCACUCACAGCGAUAUCUCCGCUAAACUAACUCUAGCCAUUUCUCAUUCCAUUAACAACUCUCAGUUGCAGGGAUGGGCAAACAGGUUAUACAGGGAUGAAGUGGUGGCCGAAUGGAAGUAAGUGAAAGGGAAAAUGUCACUUCACGUUCACUGUCACAUUAGUGGAGGCCAUCUCCUUCUUGACCUCUGCGCAAAGCUCCGAUACUUCAUAUUCUGCAAAGAAUUGCCAGUGGUGCUGAAGGCGUUUGUGCAUGGAGAUGGUAACUUGCUGAACAAGUAUCCCGAGUUACAAGAAGCCCUAGUCUGGGUCUACUUUCAUUCCAACAUCCCGGAGUACAACAAGGUCGAGUGCUGGGGCCCGCUUUGGUGGGCUGCAUCGUCCGAAAGCGGCGGCAAGGCUGGUGAACUCCUUCCGGGCGAGCCGCCGGAGCCGCCGUGCGGGGAUGGCUGCGACUGUUGUUUCCCAUCGGUCAGAUCUGACUGCAGCCGUGACGAUGGGGGAGGAGGAGGAGGAGGAGGAGAUAAAGAGGGCAGUUGCGAUUCCUGUGACCGGAGCUGUUACUGCACGGUUCAGCCGGAGCACUGCUGGUGAUGAUGUUGAUGGCUAUGGCUGUUUUAUUUUUUCUUUUUUGGUGGUUAGAAAACAAAAAGGAAAUUUCCUUCUUGUUAUGUUGGUGAUGGUAUGGUUUAAAUUCUAUGUUUUAUUACCCAUUAGACAAGUAUUAACUGUGA